AUGUCCUUCGCGUCAGCACUGACAUCCCAUGUGCCAUUGGCCAAGUACUCUGGAACUUCAGAUCCAAGCAAGAUGAGCUUGGUGGAGCUGAUCCGAUGCCUUGCUAGCAACUGUUGGGGAGACGAGGAGUGUUCUAUAGAGAAAGCCAAGCAGAAGAGCCCUGUCAUCGUCGCCGGAAACAUCGGCCCGCGUAUUUGGUACCAUGCCAAGAACAAGCCCCCCAGCCGGCACUAUCUGCAUGUGCUCACCCUGGUUACAUCUGGAUCCAUGACGACUCCUGUGACGUCCAUCUACCAUGGGCAGCUGGACGGGCACGAGGAACCUCGCAGAGCCGUCACGACACGCGCUCGCGAGGAUGCCAACAUAGAUAGUGACAGCAGCGAAGACGUGGAUGCAUCAGAUCUUUCAAGUGCAGGGUCAGAGGGGCAUUCCGAGCAAGUGACUGCCGCUGCUGCUCUGCCUGAGAUGAAUCAAGCGACUUGCUUUGUGUUUGGCGUGUGA